AUGUCCAGCAAAAACCCCACGCGCCUCCUGCAAAUCAAAUCAGCCUCAGAAGUCCAGCUGGUGGAUGCUCGAGAGGAAAUGGGCCUCGCCAAUUACACCGCGCUGAGUUACUGCUGGGGAAGCCCCGACGACGAGCAGACCCAGCGUGGGAGGACCACGGCUGACAAUUUCAUCCUCCGACACAGCCAGCCUUUCCCCACAACAGAGCUGCCAGCGACCAUUCGAGAUGCAGUAACCUUGACGAAAGGAUGCGGUUUGGAGUAUAUUUGGGUCGACUCGGUCUGCAUAAUCCAGGGAGACGUGGAGGAUUGGCUUACAGAAGCUAAUCGGAUGCACGAGGUGUACGCCAAUGCGUACUUCACUAUUUGCGCAGUCUCGGUCGACAGUGCCUCGGCGGGAUUGUUUCACUCUCGACAGGCGUGGAACUAUAAUAUCGAGCCUUGUCAGCUGGCCAGUAAGCGGAUAUCGAUCCGCAGCCCGUCAGUCAGGGAGCUGAUCCAGGGUUCAACUUGGUCGAGCCGGGCUUGGACCUUGCAAGAGGAGCAUCUGUCGCCCAGAAUGGUGUACUGGACACCGCAGAGAAUGUACUGGUCUUGUUCCAAAUGCCUAGUCACCGAAGGCGAAGGCGCAUCUCGGGGCCACUCUGCUUCUACUGCCGUUGCUCAUCCGCCGGAGUCAUCCUUCCUAGCUGCGUCCCGAUCUGGCCUAAACUUGCAUGAGAGAUGGUACGACAUGGUCGAAUCUUUUACGAAGAGAAGUUUGACCAAUCCGACCGACAAGCUUCCGGCAAUAUCGGGAAUUGCUAUGAGAUAUCAUCGUUACCGAGAGAAUGAUGAAUACCUGGCCGGGCUAUGGCGGGAUACAUUCGCCGUGGAUCUAGCCUGGAGGACGUCAGUGUACUUGCUGGAAGUCCAGAAGCCAGUAUGUGAGAACCAGAGGAUUCCCUCCUGGUCGUGGGCUUCGUUACCUUGCGGCCAUCCAGCCGUCAUGAGGCGGCGUCACUGUGGGAGUGACGACGAACAGCAUACACUCGUGUUGGUCAAAUCCCAACCCAGUCAUGCAGAUGCAGGAGGGCUGGCUGAGACAACAGUCAGAAGCGUGCAUGUGAAAGGGCGUAUGAGGCCGCUCUUGAGUGAUCAUGCACGGAGAAAAGAGUGGUCGGACGUCAGUGUCAGAAGCGCAGACGGACAAGAAAAGUUCUCCUUCAGAAGCUGCGUUGACGACGAUGUCUACUGUGUCGACCUGAGCCGCGGGCUUGUUCUGGCCUAUGAGGCACACCGAGAAGAAACCAUCGGACACGUGGAUUACAUUGUUGAUGCAGAUAGGAUGUAUCAGGGCACUGUUGAGGUGGAGUGUCUCGAGCUGGGCCAGUCGGAGAUGCUGCUUCUCGAGCGAUGUGAGAGCAGUCUUAAUGAGCCAGAGCACUUGAGAACUUACCGCCGGAUUGGCGUAUCUUGGGACUUCAGAGGCGACUUCUUUGAUGGAAAAGCACAAGUUGAGAUAGAGCUUGUCUAG